ACUACAGCGCCACUUUUGAGCGGUCGUUUAUGUUGUCAACAAUAACAGACCGCUGAAGUUGUCAAGCAACGUCGAGGAAAAGUCAUACAUCAGUCCCGCGACGGUAUAGUCUUUAGUUGGAUCAAAGAUGGCCCCGGACAGCGCUCAGAUUCGGCGGCAGGGUGCUCAGGACUUUAUGGCUUACUAUGAGUUUGCCUGUGCCAGGCAGGAAUCUGUCCCCCUUCCUGCAGUUAAAAUUAACCUCAACAAAGGGAUGCUGGACUUUAAUGGAGACAAGCUGAAGCUAACAGACUGGCCACCCGUUCUCAGCUCUAUAUCCAUUAACAAACACCUGCACCACAUAGCAAUAAGUAGCACAUACCAAGCUAGUUUGGCUUCUGGAGAGGCAGAUAGAAGAUAUCUUAAGUCUAGCUUCAGGAGGAAGAUUCCAGCUAUUCGCUCCAAGGAUAUGAUAUUAAAGCUGUGCAAGGCCCUCAGAGAGUGCCUCACUGUCUCUCCCAACCUCAAGACGCUGCAGCUCAAUGGACUUCCGCUGAGAGAAAGGGACCUCAUCACCCUGACAAAGGGUUUGGCAAAAAGCACUUCCUUGGAAAACCUAUCUCUGGUUAACUGUCCAAUCAGUGAUGAGGGCUUAGAGGUCAUUUGCCAAAGCGUUAAGUAUUCUGCUAACAUCAGGGCAGUGGAUUUUAGUGGAUGCAGUCUUACCUGGAGGGGGGCAGAGCACAUGGCCAAUAUUAUCAAGCAUCAGGGUAUGCAAAGACAUGGUACGGCGUGGGCGGAGUCUCUGAGGUAUCGACAGCCGCAGUUUGAGGGUAUGGGAGGUCUUCGCCGUGUCACGCUUAACUGUAACACUUUAAUUGGGGACCGGGGUGCUGCGGCUCUUGCGAGUGAACUUGCUGAAGACCUCUGGGUUAAAGCUCUGGACCUGCAAAGAUGUGGUCUUUCCAACGAAGGCGCUCGUCGUUUGCUAGAAGCCUUGAAAACGAAUUCUUCUUUGUGUGUGCUGGAUAUCCGUGGUAACCCGUUAGUUGGUAAGUUGCUACCUCAGUCAAGGUACUACGGCUUCCUCCUGCAGUCCAAAGACAUGCAGUUAGUGGGGUUAGAGGUGAAGAUUUCUCAGAAUUCAUGGACAUGUCUUCUCUUUGCAGCCACUCAUAAAGGACCAUCUCCUGGUGGACGGAGUUCAGCUGCUGCUCUGAAACCUAAGCCAUCACGCACCCCCCAUGUGCCUUGGCGUGCUGCUGCACGAGCUGGACGCCAAAGAGGUUUGCCUCCUGGAAUUACUGUAACAGACCAUAGCUUUCAGGGUGCAGCCACAGUGAAAGUUACCAUGGAGUCAGAUUCAGAGGCAGAGGAGGAUGAUGAAGAGGAAGUGGUGGAAGUGGAACCGAGACCAUCUUCUCUUAAUCGUCAGGACAGAUUCAUUUCACGGAGGUUUGAACAAAUACAGAUGGAGCUGAAAGAGUGCCGUCUGAGGCUCGGGGAAGAGCGGAGGGCCAGACUGAAGGCUGAGUCCAGGCUCAUGGAGUAUGAGCUGGAGACUGCUCGUCUUCGAGAUGCCAAUCACUCCCUGUCAGAGGCACUUGCUGCCAGUGGCUCUGCAUUAGCACCACCGGCUUCCAGUGCUCUUGAAGAUGAGGCAAUUCUGGAGAGCAUUGAGACAUCAUUCACUAAGUUUCACGCUUUCCUGGAUUUGCUCAAAGAUGCUGGCUUAGGUCAGCUAGCUUCAAUGGCUGGAAUUGACAAGUCCGAUUUCCACCCUCUGGGAAGACCUCAGCUUUUCUCCACAAUAGAACCACUUUUGCAUGGUGCGGCAUCACCGCCUGGAGGGCGUUACAGGAUCGAUGCUCUGUCUUUGGUAGGAGGUGCCCCGUCUGCUGCCCCCGUUGGAUUGUCUGACACCAGAUUGCACAAGUCUCCAUCCCCUACUAGAGCAGCCCUUCAUAAAGAAAGGUCACUUGAUGUAACUUUCACUCAGGCUUCUGAACCAGCAGCAAGUGGUGUAGUGGAUGUAGAAGAGGAAGCAAAUCAUUUUUCAAAGCCUGACACCCAGCAUGACUCAGGCUCUGAACACAGUUUUUAUAGCCAAAAGUCCUUUGAUAAUAUUUCCUUUGGUAAAACUUCCCAGACUAGGCCGAGCCACCCCACGAGCAACAGCAACUCUCACAGAAACAACAGUUCCCAUGGAUACAGCUUCAGCAACUGCUACACUUACAACCGUGCUUCUCAUAGCAAUGGAUCUCGAGGUGGUUCGUCUGCAAGUGUUAGUGACAUUUUAAGUGACAUGGAGUCUGUAGGAUCAGUAGGGUCAAGGAACAGGGGAAAUGGAAGGCUGGUGACAGUAGGUCAGUCAGGAUCAGAAGGGUCAGAGAGGAAAGCCCCUUCUAGGAGAGGCGCUCUAGAGCAGGUCAGAUCUCUGGAGAGUCUGGGGGUUCAGUCAGAUAAUGAAUCCUAACCAGGCAACCAUAAACUUUCUCCCUGUGUGUCAGCGCCUUUUCUUCUAUGUUUAGAUAUUUGCUGAGUUUAAAUUGUAGAUUUUUUUUGUCACCUUUAUAAAUGUUUUGUUCUUUUUUUUUUUUUGCAUU